GAGUGUGUGUGAGCUGCACGUGCUUCUGCUCCUGUGGCGUCUAAUGAGAUUCCCCUCGUUAAAGUCUUUAGUGUAGUAAUCUGGACCUGCACACACACGACCCGAGAUCUUUUGCAGAGCGACAGCAGAUCCAGAAGAACAGGAAUAUUGUGAGUGUGCCGCUGUUAGUGGAGUUUCAUCGGCCCUGAGUGACUGGAGCGACACAGAUGGCUGUUACUGGAUAGAGACGAGGGUCACUGAACAACACAGUCUAUUUGAGUCUCUCCAUCUGUCCCCGUGUGUGUGAUUACAGCACCGUCUGAUGAUGAUCCAGCCGCACACACAGAUAGUGCUGCUAUAGAUCUGAUCGUAAGCGUCAUGGAGUCCGUGCUGAAGACGUCUCUGCUGGGCCCCGUAAAGACGCUCAAGUUCUGCGUGAGCGGAGAGAAGCAGCGGUCCAAGAGAGGGUCCAAAUGGCCCGGGUCAAAGGGCAGGACCGGCGCGCCGGACCCGCGUCUGCUGCGAUCCUAUCAGGCCGACCUGGAGCGAGAGAGGCUCUCUCUCACUCCGAUGAACGCUCAGAAGAACGCCGAGAGAGCUGCGAUCAGAGCGCAUUUCAGGAGGAAAUACCAGCUGGCCAAGAAUGCCAAGGACGCGGAGCAGCUGCGUGCCGUGGGGGGGAGAGUGUGUCUCCCGCGAGAUCUGGUGAAGAUGGUUGGUCCCGAAGCCCCUGCUAAACACGACAGCUUCGGACUUCUCAGCGCCUUCCAGAGCCUCAGCCUCAGCGCCAGGAUCUUCACGGGGAAACAGAGCCGAACGCCCGCGCCACGCACCGACACGGAGCCCUGCAGGGUCAUGACGCGCAGACACAGCAAGGGCGUCUUCCUAAAGAACGGGACGGAGUGGCGCGCCGACAGGCUGCUGUUGAACAGGGAGGUGAUGGUCACUUCAGCCGUACGGCGCUUCCUUCCGCUGCUGGACGACGUCGCGCAGGAUUUCUGCCGGUCGCUGCGACACCGGGUGGAGACGGAGGGUGUGGGGGAGACGGGUCAGCGUAGUAUGACCCUUGACCCCAGUCCUGACCUCUUCCGCUUUGCCCUGGAAGCGAGCUGUCAUGUUCUGUACGGCGAGCGGAUUGGCCUGUUCUCGUCGUCUCCGUCUGAAGAGGCGGAGCGCUUCAUCUGGGCCGUUGAGCGCAUGUUAGCCACGACGCCGCCGCUGCUGUACCUGCCGCCGCGGCUUCUGCUGGCCCUGCGCGCCCCCCUCUGGACACAGCACGCCACUGCAUGGGACCACAUCUUCAGCCACGCGGAGGCGCGUAUCCAGCGCGGGUACCAGCGUCUGCAGACUGUGGUGGGCGGAGCCUCUGAUGGGCGGUUCCUGGGUGUGCUGGGUCAGCUGAUGGAGGCGGGACAGUUAUCAUCAGAGCUGAUCAAAGCCAACAUCACUGAACUGAUGGCCGGCGGAGUCGAUACGACCGCCGUGCCGCUGCAGUUCGCUCUCUUCGAGAUGGCGCGUAACCCUGGGGUGCAGGAGCGGGUGCGAGCGCAGGUGCUGUCGUCAUGGCAACAGGCAUCAGGAAGCCCCCAGAAGGCCCUGCAGGGGGCGCCGCUGCUGAAGGGGACCAUCAAGGAGACGCUGAGGCUGUAUCCCGUAGGAAUCACCGUCCAGCGCUAUCCGGUCCGAGACAUCGUCCUGCAGAACUACCACGUGCCGGCAGGGACGCUGGUGCAGGUGUGUCUGUAUCCUCUGGGUCGCAGUCCUGAAGUGUUCGAGCGUCCGGAGCGCUUCGAGCCGAGCCGCUGGAGUCUGGACGCGGCUUCAGGAGGAGGCUUUCGCUCGCUGGCGUUCGGCUUCGGGUCCAGGCAGUGUGUCGGCCGGAGAAUCGCAGAGAACGAGAUGCAGCUGCUGUUAAUGCACAGUCUGAGGAACUUCAGACUGACGGUCUCAUCCACAGAAGAGCUGAACACCAAAUACACUCUCAUUCUGCAGCCCGAAUCUCCUCCCAGAAUCACCUUCACCACACGCUCACUAUAAAUCACCACUGUUAUUAUUAUUUUUGGAAUAUUGCAGUUUAUUAUAAAUUAUUUAUCUGUGCUCAUCAUUAUUUUAAGUUGAAUAGGGUAAAAAAAAUUACAAAUCACAUUAAGAAUUGUAAACAUUUUUUAUU